CAGCAGAUGCUCGAGCAGCUGAAAAAGCAACAAGAAGCAGUUCAGCAGGCAGCAGCGGCAGCAGCAGCAGCAUCAGCAGAGUCGAGAGAACCUAGUGCAGAAGGCGGACUAGGAGGACUCUCAGAAAGUUCUUCUGAAGCAUCAAAGCUGAGUUCAAAGAGCGCUAAAGAGAGGAGGAAUAGAAGAAAGAAAAGGAAGCAGAAAGAGCAAUCUGGAGGAGAGGAGAAAGAUGAGGAUGAAUUUCACAAAUCUGAAUCAGAAGACAGCAUCAGAAGGAAAGGUUUCAGAUUCUCUAUUGAAGGGAACAGACUGACAUAUGAAAAGAAAUAUUCUUCUCCCCACCAGUCUUUAUUGAGCAUUCGUGGCUCCCUUUUUUCUCCAAGGCGUAAUAGUAGAACAAGUCUUUUCAGCUUCAGAGGCCGAGCAAAGGAUAUAGGAUCAGAAAAUGACUUUGCUGACGAUGAACACAGCACUUUUGAAGACAAUGACAGCAGAAGAGAUUCUCUUUUUGUGCCACGUAGACCUGGUGAACGACGCAACAGUAACAUAAGUCAGGCCAGUAGGUCAUCCAGGAUGCUGGCAGUGUUUCCAAUGAAUGGGAAGAUGCACAGUACAGUCGAUUGCAAUGGGGUGGUUUCGCUGGUUGGUGGACCAUCUGUUCCUACAUCGCCUGUUGGACAACUUCUGCCAGAGGUGAUAAUAGAUAAACCAGCUACUGAUGACAAUGGCACUACUACAGAAACAGAAAUGAAAAAGAGAAGAUCAAAUUCUUUUAAUGUUUCUAUGGAUUUUCUGGAAGAUCCAGCUUUAAGAGAAAGAGCCAUGAGUAUAGCUAGCAUACUUACAAACACUAUGGAAGAGCUUGAAGAAUCACGACAGAAAUGCCCACCGUGCUGGUACAAAUUUGCAAACAUUUUCUUGAUUUGGGACUGCAGUCCUUAUUGGUUAAAAGUAAAACGUAUAGUCAAUUUAAUUGUGAUGGACCCAUUUGUUGAUCUGGCUAUUACUAUUUGCAUUGUUUUAAAUACAUUAUUUAUGGCCAUGGAACACUAUCCAAUGACACCAGAAUUCAAUCAUGUGCUUUCUGUUGGAAACCUGGUCUUCACUGGGAUCUUCACAGCAGAAAUGUUUCUCAAGAUAGUUGCUAUGGACCCUUAUUAUUAUUUCCAAGAAGGCUGGAAUAUUUUUGAUGGGUUUAUUGUAACCCUUAGUUUGAUUGAACUUGGUCUUGCAAAUGUGGAAGGACUGUCCGUUCUUCGAUCAUUCAGAUUGUUACGAGUUUUCAAACUGGCAAAAUCUUGGCCAACACUAAAUAUGUUGAUAAAGAUCAUUGGUAACUCAGUAGGAGCCUUGGGGAAUUUGACCUUGGUGCUCGCCAUCAUUGUCUUCAUUUUUGCUGUGGUUGGUAUGCAGCUGUUUGGUAAAAACUACAAGGAAUGUGUCUGCAAAAUCGCAAGUGACUGUGUACUUCCACGCUGGCACAUGCAAGACUUCUUCCACUCUUUUUUGAUUGUGUUUCGGGUUCUGUGUGGAGAAUGGAUAGAGACCAUGUGGGACUGUAUGGAAGUUGCAGGCCAAGCUAUGUGCCUUACUGUCUUCAUGAUGGUCAUGGUGAUUGGAAACUUAGUGGUAUUGAACCUAUUUUUGGCCUUGCUGUUGAGUUCAUUUAGUGCAGAUAACCUUGCUGCCACAGAUGAUGAUAAUGAAAUGAAUAAUCUCCAGAUUGCUGUAGCAAGAAUGCAGAAGGGAGUAGAUUAUGUGAAAAGAAAAGUCCAUGAAUUCAUCCAAAAAUCUUUUGUUAAAAAACAAAAAGCUUUAGAAGAAAUCAAACCACUUGAAGAUUUAAACAACAAGAAGAACAGCUGCAUUUCUAACCACAUGACAGCAGAAAUAAGCAAAGACCAUGAUUAUCUUAGAGAUGGGAAUGGAACCACGAGUGGCAUAGGCACAGGCAGCAGUGUGGAAAAAUACAUCAUUGAUGAAAGUGAUUACAUGUCGUUCAUAAACAACCCAAGUCUCACUGUGACGGUACCCAUUGCUGUCGGGGAGUCGGAUUUUGAAAAUUUAAAUACAGAAGAGUUUAGCAGUGAAGAUCAGUCAGAUCUGGAAGAAAGCAAAGAGAAGUUAAAUUUGUCCAGUUCAUCUGAAGGUAGCACAGUUGAUAUUGGACUUCCAGCAGAAGAACAGCCAGAAAUUGAACCUGAAGAAGCCAUGGAGCCAGAAGCCUGUUUUACAGAAGACUGUGUACGAAGGUUUAAAUGCUGUCAAGUCAGUGUAGAAGAUGGGAGAGGAAAACAAUGGUGGAGCCUUAGGAAAACAUGCUUCAGGAUAGUUGAACACAACUGGUUUGAGACCUUCAUUGUCUUUAUGAUUCUCCUUAGUAGUGGUGCUCUGGCUUUUGAAGAUAUAUAUAUUGAACAGCGCAAGACAAUCAAGACUAUGCUGGAAUAUGCUGACAAAGUCUUCACUUAUAUUUUCAUUUUGGAAAUGCUGCUAAAAUGGGUGGCCUAUGGUUAUCAAACAUACUUUACUAAUGCCUGGUGUUGGCUGGACUUCCUCAUUGUUGAUGUUUCCUUGGUUAGUUUAACAGCAAAUGCAUUGGGUUACUCGGAACUUGGUGCCAUUAAGUCCCUUAGGACCCUAAGAGCUUUGAGACCACUAAGAGCUUUGUCACGAUUUGAGGGGAUGAGGGUGGUUGUGAAUGCCCUUUUAGGAGCAAUUCCAUCCAUCAUGAACGUGCUUCUCGUUUGUCUUAUAUUCUGGCUAAUUUUCAGCAUCAUGGGAGUAAAUCUGUUUGCUGGGAAGUUCUACUACUGUGUUAACACCACAACUGAUGAAAGGUUUGAAGUCGAAGUAAUCAACAAUUAUAGUCAGUGCCGGGAACUCAUAGACGCCAAUCAAAGUGCUCGAUGGAAAAAUGUGAAAGUAAACUUUGAUAAUGUAGGAUUUGGGUAUCUUUCUUUACUUCAAGUAGCUACAUUUAAAGGAUGGAUGGACAUUAUGUAUGCAGCUGUCGAUUCAAGAAACGUAUUGGACCAACCUAAGUAUGAAGACAACCUAUACAUGUAUCUUUAUUUUGUCAUUUUUAUCAUUUUUGGGUCAUUUUUCACCCUGAAUCUGUUCAUUGGUGUCAUCAUUGAUAACUUCAACCAGCAAAAAAAGAAGUUUGGAGGUCAAGACAUCUUUAUGACAGAAGAACAGAAGAAAUACUACAAUGCAAUGAAAAAACUGGGAUCCAAAAAACCACAAAAACCUAUACCACGACCAGGGAACAAGUUCCAAGGCAUGGUCUUUGAUUUUGUGACUCAACAAGUAUUUGAUAUCACCAUCAUGAUUCUUAUCUGCCUUAAUAUGGUCACCAUGAUGGUAGAAACAGAUGAUCAGAGUAAAGAGAUGGAAAAUAUUUUACAGAGGAUUAACCUAGUGUUUAUUGUACUUUUUACUGGAGAAUGUGUCCUGAAAAUGAUCUCACUCCGCUAUUACUACUUCACCAUAGGAUGGAAUAUUUUUGAUUUUGUAGUUGUCAUUCUCUCCAUAGUUGGUAUGUUUCUAUCUGAGUUGAUUGAAAAAUAUUUUGUGUCCCCCACCUUGUUCAGAGUCAUCCGACUCGCCAGAAUUGGUCGAAUCCUGCGACUCAUUAAAGGGGCUAAAGGGAUCCGCACUCUGCUCUUUGCUUUGAUGAUGUCUCUUCCUGCUUUGUUUAACAUUGGCCUCCUGCUCUUCCUGGUCAUGUUUAUCUAUGCCAUAUUUGGAAUGUCCAACUUUGCCUAUGUUAAGAGGGAAGCUGGGAUUGAUGACAUGUUCAACUUUGAAACUUUUGGCAACAGCAUGAUCUGCCUAUUUCAAAUUACCACAUCUGCUGGUUGGGAUGGCUUGUUAGCACCAAUUCUUAACAGUGGGGAACCAGACUGUGACCCAUAUAGAGUUCACCCUGGAAGCUCCGUUAAAGGAGACUGUGGUAACCCUUCAGUUGGGAUUUUCUUUUUUGUCAGUUACAUUAUCAUAUCAUUUCUAGUUGUAGUAAACAUGUAUAUUGCUGUAAUUUUGGAGAACUUUGGUGUUGCAACUGAAGAAAGUGCUGAACCUUUAAGUGAGGAUGACUUUGAGAUGUUCUAUGAGGUUUGGGAAAAGUUUGAUCCAGAUGCAACUCAGUUCAUGGAAUUUGAGAAGCUAUCUGAGUUUGCAGCUGCACUUGAGCCUCCUCUUCAUUUACCAAAGCCCAACAAAGUCCAGCUUAUUGCAAUGGAUAUGCCCAUGGUAAGUGGUGACAGAAUUCAUUGCCUGGACAUCUUGUUUGCUUUUACAAAGCGUGUUUUGGGUGAAAGUGGAGAGAUGGAUGCACUUCGAAUACAAAUGGAAGAUCGGUUUAUGGCAGCCAAUCCUUCCAAAGCCUCCUAUGAACCAAUUACAACCACAUUAAAACGUAAACAGGAAGAAGUAUCUGCUUCCAUUAUUCAGCGUGCUUUCAGACGUCACCUUUUAAAACAAACAGUAAAACAGGCUUCAUUUAUAUAUAACAAAAAUAAAAAUGAAGGAGGGGCUGGUCUGUGUAUUAAAGAUGAAAUUCUCAUUGACAAGUUGAAUGAAAACUCAUUUACAGAGAAAACAGACAUGACCACCUCAACAGCUAUUUGUCCACCUUCUUACGAUCGUGUGACAAGGCCAGUCAAAGAAAAAUAUGAACAUGAAGACAAAGACGUCCAGGAGAAGGAAAAGUAA